AUGGACGGAAUGGGCGGCGUCGCUGUCAGGAAGGAGGGAUGGGCAUCGAUCAAGGAAAACAAGAACCUUUUCCAACCUUGGAAGAACAAGUACUUGAUCCUCCGAAAGGAGGCCAUCGACUUCCACAAGACAGAGGGCGGCAAGGUGGCCUACACCCUCCUCCUCAAGGACGUUGUCAACGUUGGCAGAGUCGAGGCUGCGGGCACCAUAUUUGAGAUCAAGCGAAGAGCCGACGGCCAGUCCACCAGCCCUGGUGACGACGAUGGCCAGAACAACAAGGCGCUUCACGUCAAGGUCAAGACCGAGGACGACCUGUACGAGUGGAUCGACUUCAUAUACGGCGCCUGCCCUGGCAUGGGCGGCGUGAGCAACCCGACCAACUUCUCGCACGCCGUCCACGUCGGCUUCGACCCGCAGACGGGAGAGUUCGUCGGCUUGCCGCCGGAAUGGUCCAAGCUGCUCAACUCUUCCGCCAUUACUAAGGAGGAUUAUGAGCGCAACCCCCAGGCCGUCUUCGAGGUCCUUGACUUCUACACCACCGAUCUGGCCAAGCAGAAUGACAACCAGUUCGGCGGCGGCAUGCCGCCAGGAGCAAUGCAGAACAAGCCGAUGGGCAUGGGUGGCGGCGGCGCUGGAGUUGCACCUCCUCGGCCCCCUCAUCCUGGCAGCAGCGGCUCCCCAUACAGCCCCGGUGGUCAGAGACAGCAGCAGCAGCGACAGCCGACGCAGACUUCGUCGCCAACCUACACGUCCGCAGCCGAUGUCGCCAGAGAAGAACAGCGAAGGCGGCAGCGCGAGGCAGAGGAGCGCGAGCGCCGCGAGAUGGAAGAAUACAACGCGUCUCUUCCCAAGAACAAGGUGCCCAUGGCUCAGCAGGAGAUUGGCGGUGGCUAUGGCGGCUCCGGUGCCCCAUCUGCUGCCGACCGGUUCAACCCGUCCAGGGCAGCUCCUCCGGCGCCCAAGCCCGCCCAGCAGAUUAACGGUCUGAAGGCUCAGCGACCGGCACCCGCUCCACCGACUGCAGGCUCUGGACGGCCCCCCGUUGUCCCCCAGUCCAGCUCAAGCUCUGCACCAAGAGCUCCGGCGGCGCAGCCCCAGCAACAACCUGCCCGCCUGCCCGCCUCUGUCAAGCCUCUCAACGUCUCCAAGGUCAACCAGAACCAGGCGCAGAGCGAGCCUAAGCCAGCCGAGCCGGCACCGCCCAAGCAGCAGACUCCUGCCGAGCGCAAGCAGGAUGUCCGCAUGUCCACCAUGUCCGAGAACGAGGUCAUGGCCAAGCUGAAGGAGGCUGUUUCCAAAGAAGACCCCAAUCUCUCCUACUCCAAGCAGAAGAAGAUCGGUCAGGGUGCCUCUGGCUCGGUAUAUGUUGCCAAGAUCAAAGACACCGCCGUGGGCGUGGCUCGCGAGUUCCUCCGCCAGCAAGGCCCCAGGGCCCAGGUGGCCAUUAAACAGAUGGACCUCGCUCACCAGCCCCGAAAGGAGCUGAUUGUCAACGAGAUCAUGGUCAUGAAGGACAACCGCCACAAGAACAUUGUCAACUUCGUCGAUGCCUUCCUCCGGAACAAUAACGCUGAACUCUGGGUGGUGAUGGAAUUCAUGGAAGGAGGUGCCUUGACUGAUGUCAUUGACAACAACCCCUCAAUAUCCGAGGAGCAGAUUGCUACGAUUUGCCACGAGACCUGCCGCGGUUUGCAGCACCUGCACGCCCAGAGCAUCAUCCACCGUGAUAUCAAGAGUGACAAUGUUCUGCUGGACGCCCGGGGCAAUGUCAAGAUCACUGAUUUCGGUUUCUGUGCCAAGUUGACGGAGGCCAAGUCCAAGAGAGCGACCAUGGUCGGAACCCCCUACUGGAUGGCGCCGGAAGUUGUCAAGCAGAAAGAAUAUGGCCCCAAGGUCGAUAUCUGGUCUCUGGGCAUCAUGGCGAUUGAGAUGAUUGAGUCCGAGCCGCCAUACCUGAACGAAGAGCCAUUGAAGGCCCUCUAUCUCAUCGCCACCAACGGAACCCCCCGCCUCAAGAAGCCCGAGAAGCUCAGCAAGGAGCUUAAGGCUUUCCUCUCUGUGUGUCUGUGUGUCGACGUCAAGAGCCGAGCAUCUGCGGACGAGCUUUUGGCUCAUGACUUCCUUCAGCACGGCAGCGGCCUCGCAAGCCUGGCAGAGCUCCUGGCUUUCAAGCGCAAUGCGAAAUAA